AUGAUCGAGACACAAACACGGUACUUUGAGGCUCUUGACGAUGUUACGCCUGCUAUGGUCGUGCAAGUAACCCGGCUUGUAGACUCAUAUAUGCUUUGGGUCGGCCCGACAAAUGGGAAAGCAGAGGAGGCAGAAAGUGCACCUCAAAAUGGGUGUCUCUGCCGAGACUGGGCAUGCGCCAUGCCUCCUCUCUCUGACAAUGCAACGCCAGCGGGGACGUCGUUGUUUCGCAAUUCAACGUCUGAUUUAGCGCUGGGUAUGGCUCAGCGGCUUGCCCGAAGAUUCAAAAAGCAAAUAUUCCUGUCCAUCGACUUGCCACCUGGAUUUCUCUCCAUGGGGCAUGGGCCGAAGCUCGCACUUGAAGCAGAAAGGAGUGUAGUUCAGACACUGAAGGAGCUUGAGCAGUGA